AUGUUUCCUUCUCUUCUCUGUAGUCACUCAGGAGCUCAGUGUAUAACAUGUUCAUAUAAGGCCACUUCAGGGCUGUUGUAUCCUUUGGAAAGAGGUUUUAUCUAUGUGCACAAGCCUCCGGUGCACCUCCGCUUUGAAGAGAUCGCCUGCGUGAACUUCGCCCGUGGAACCACCACCACUCGCUCUUUCGAUUUUGAGAUUGAGACCAAGCAGGGCAAUCAGUACACCUUCAGCAGCAUCGAGAGGGAAGAAUAUGGGAAACUCUUUGACUUCGUCAAUGCUAAGAAGUUAAGCAUCAAGAACAGAGGCUUUAAAGAGAAAAAGGGGAUGAAAGGUAAUGACAACAUGUACAGCGACUCGGACGACGACCAGCAUGAUGCGUACCUGGAGCGCAUGAAAGAAGAGGGCAAGAUCCGUGAGGAGGGCAAUGACAGUGACGACUCAGAGGGCGAGAGUGAUGAAUCUUUUAAUCCUGGAGAAGAAGAUGAUGAUAUAGCAGAGGAGUAUGACAGUAAGGCCUCUGCCAGUGAAAGCAGCGCUGAUGGCGGGGACAGUGAUGAAGACCGAAAGAAGAAACCAGCCAAGAAAGCUAAAUUUGUAAAAGAAAGAAAACCACGCAAGAAAGAGAAAAAGGCAAAGGAUAUUAACGCCCCCAAGAGGCCAAUGAGUGCCUACAUGCUCUGGUUGAACUCUAGCAGAGACCGCAUUAAAUCAGAGAACCCAGGCAUCUCUGUCACAGAAAUCUCAAAAAAAGCUGGGGAAAUGUGGAAACAAAUCACCAAAGACAAGAAAGAGGAGUGGGAAGGAAAAGCAGAGGAAGCAAAGAAAGACUAUGAGCGAGCCAUGAGAGAGUACAAGGAGAGUGGUGGAGGAUCCUCAAGCAGCUCUAAAAAGGAGAGGAAAAAGAAAGGAGGGAAGAAUGAAGAAAAGAAGAAAAAGAAGUCAGGCGGUGGGAAGGAGAAAGAGAAGGAACGAGUAACAGGCAACGACAGCUUUAAGAGUCGAGAGUUCAUAUCCAGUGAAGAGAGCUCAUCAGAGUCAGAAAGAGGGAAGGGACGGAAGCGCAAGGGGUCUGAUGAUGAAGAGGAAGCGGUCAGUACACCGCCAAGCUCUGAGGAGUCUGGCUCAGACUGAAAGACACUAAUGAAAGACAUAAACAGGGGGAGAGGAAAAAAAAAACCUUUCUUAUACUUCUUUCAUCAUUUCAGUGUACAUGACCUGGUGAAAUCCAGAUAGUACAUGCAUUCAAAAACACUUGUGUAUUUAGGGGCCUAGACUUCUCCUAGACCGUUUGUCCGAUUUUCACCAAAAUCUCCACACUGUGCCGACAAAAUGUCAUGAACUUUAUCUCAAUAGAUAAAUAAUUUGCUCCCGCAGCAGCAAAUUUGAGGCAUGAUGCCAACAUGACUAUUCAGGCUUUAUUUCUGCAAUGCCUUGACAUAUUGACACCAAACUUAACAUGUGUCAUUGUCACCUCACUCUGACCACACCACAUCAAUUUCGUAAUUGAGCCACCGAUUGGUCGAAAGUCCAAAUGGUCAAACCGCUAGAUCAUAUUAUUAGUGACUGUAUAUAUGAUUAUUCAGCCAUUUUGCCUAAAAUCAUCUUAAAUUGUAUUUAAUUGCUCCUUGCUGCAGUUGGUCUGACACUCCUGGCCACGUUGGCUUGUCUUUUCAUCUUCUUUACACUUGGGCCCGAUAAUUGCUGCUUGCAGCUAUAUUUAACUUUGGUAUUGUUGACUCCAUAGAAUAGCUCACCAAAAAUGAGCUAUUAAAUUCUGUCAUUAACUGACCCUUAUGUCAUUUUAAACCUGUAUGAUUAUUUUUUUUCCUGAAUGAAGUUCAAAGACGCCAUAGAAGUAUUAUAAAAAUAGCCCAUACAACCAUAACAUUAUAUUCCAAGUCUUGCAGAGCUAUUACUAUAGCUUUGUGCGAGGAACAGCGAAAAUGUUGUUCACUGAAUUCACCCUAGCUUUAGCUCAUUCAGGAGAUAAGAAGUGAUGUCUUAUUUAUUAACAAAUCAUUUGUUUGAGCUAUUUUCAAUAAAUCGGUUGAUCCAAUUCUUAAAUAGGUUUUUAUGAAUCGGAAUUGGCAUUUCAUACAUGUUUGGAACAACACAAGGGUAAACUAUUCCUUUAAAUAAGAGUUUAUUCAUUUUAUCUUGUCCUGGACUUGUUCUUAUCACUAUGUUUAUCUGUUUGUACAGACAUAUUUUACAGUGCUGUUUUCCAAACAGAAUAGAAACUGCAUCUUUGACACAUCUAUUGAGCUUGCUCUAUAUGUAUUUACAUUGAAUGACAGUUAUGAAACACAAAAAAUAGCUUAAAUCUAAAAUAUUUUUUUUUUUACAUUUGUAUUCACCUGGAAACAUAUUUGAUUUUGAUCCGAGCUCAACGUUUUUUUCUACAGUAUUUUGAAAUGUUUAGCGAACACAUUACUAAUUGUGCACGUUUGUUGAUGCAUUAAAUAAUCUACAUUUUAAAAAUA